AUGCCUUCGGAGGUGAUAGCAGAGAAGUCGAUGCAGCGGGAGCUGGCGGACUCCAUCAUUCGCAUGGUGCCACUUGAUGAGAUUAGAAUUCUGCUUGCUUGUGGAGCGAAGGUAAAUGAACCAGUGACCCAAGGUUUACGUCCACUCCACUACGCGAUUUGGCAGCGAUACCUCGAAGCCACCAGGCUUCUGGUCGUUCGUGGAUGUGACGUGAACGCUAGAGACGACUGCGGAUAUAGCGCACUCCAUCUUGCUGCUGAGCAUGGCUACACUGAACUUGUGAAACUGUUGCUGCAAAGUGGUGCAGCGGUAGACUACAGACCUGAUACGGACGAAGAGUUCCCCCGAACCACUCUCUGUGACGAACCACUAAGAUUGGCUAUUAGAAACAAGCAUUAUGAGGUCGCUCGUCUUCUUCUAGAACAUGGUGCUGAUCCGAAUAAACGUUACUUCUUCGGUGCGGAGAUAAACCUGGUAUCGGAUCCUGAAUAUUUGGAGUUGCUUCUCACUUUCGGAGCUAAUCCUGACUCCAGGGAUAGAGCUGGACUCACACCUCUUAUGAAGGCUGCUAGGCAAAGAAAGGGUAUGGACGCUGUGUUGCUUUUGAUCAGCUUCGGGGCCGAUGUCAACGCUAUGACCGAUGCACGGAGUGACUACAGAACAGUCAUGCACUAUGCCGUUCUCAGUGGCAACCCAGAGGUGGUGAAUUUAUUAAUCAAACAAGGAGCCCGAGUGAACUAUGAGUGUCCAGAACUGAGCAAGCCGAGUCCUUUAGACCUCGCAAUAUUGAAAGGAGAUGUCAGCAUGCUACAGAUGCUGUUACAUGCUGGUGCCCAAGUGAACGCUUCGAGUUCAGUCAUCGGGUCUCCAUUGCACGUCGCCUGCUCCGAUAACAUCGCAAAUGGGAAGGAAAUCGUCAAAAUCCUUCUAGAAAGUGGAGCAGACCCGAACCUGAAAGUCUACAACGAUGAAGACGCGACACAACUCCGCCCAGCCCUGGCUGAGUAUCUGGCGAGCAAUGUGGCACCCAGCGCAGAGAUUAUCACUCUACUGUUGAGAUAUGGUGCUAGGGUAAUUAUGAAAACUCAAUUCCGUGAUCCCGACGGCAUCCUCAAUCAUCUCCAGAACGUCACCUCAGAAGAAUACCAGCACAUCUUCUACCUACUCCUAGAAGCGGCCGAAGCGUUUGACCUCUGUAUGAUCAAGAGGAACAACGUAGUCACUCCUCUGCAAAAAGAAGUUCUAAUACACCGUGCUAAGACUCCAAUUUCCUUGUUAGCACAAUCUAGGAUAUUUCUGAGAAGGUACUUUAAAACUACCCUCAUUGACGUCGUACCAGAAUUGGAAAUACCAAAGAUUCUUCAUGAGUACCUUCUUUUUAAUUGCAGUUAA